GGGGCGGGGCGCCCAGCUGUCGUCACCAGGACAACGGGCGUUGCCGGCGCCUUGUGACUCUGGGCUGUGGGCGCGCUCGCGGCUCUUCGGCCAUGGUUUUCUCAAAUAAUGAUGAAGGCCUUAUUAACAAAAAGUUACCCAAAGAACUUCUUUUGAGAAUAUUUUCCUUCUUGGAUAUAGUAACUUUGUGCCGAUGUGCACAGAUUUCCAAGGCUUGGAACAUCUUAGCUCUGGAUGGAAGCAACUGGCAAAGAAUAGACCUUUUCAACUUUCAAACAGAUGUAGAGGGUCGAGUGGUGGAAAACAUCUCAAAGCGAUGUGGUGGGUUCCUGAGGAAGCUGAGCUUGCGGGGGUGUAUUGGCGUUGGAGAUUCCUCCUUGAAGACCUUUGCACAGAACUGCCGAAACAUUGAACAUUUAAACCUCAAUGGGUGCACAAAAAUCACUGACAGCACGUGUUACAGCCUUAGCCGAUUCUGUUCCAAGCUGAAGCAUCUGGAUCUGACCUCCUGCGUGUCCAUUACAAACAGCUCCUUAAAGGGGAUCAGUGAGGGCUGCCAGCACCUGGAGUACCUCAACCUGUCGUGGUGCGACCAGAUCACCAAGGACGGCGUGGAGGCGUUGGUGCGCGGCUGCCGCGGCCUGAGGGCCCUGCUGCUGAGGGGCUGCACGCAGCUGGAAGACGAAGCUCUGAAGCACAUUCAGAAUUACUGCCAUGAGCUCGUGAGCCUCAACCUGCAGUCCUGCUCCCGCGUCUCGGACGACGGCGUGGUGCAGCUGUGCCGGGGCUGCCCGCGGCUGCAGGCGCUCUGCCUGUCCGGCUGCGGCAGCCUCACCGACGCCUCCCUGACGGCCCUGGCCUUGAACUGCCCCAGACUCCAGAUCUUGGAGGCCGCCCGAUGUUCCCACCUGACUGAUGCAGGCUUUACGCUUCUAGCUCGGAAUUGCCACGACCUGGAGAAAAUGGAUCUUGAAGAAUGCAUCCUGAUAACGGACCGCACGCUCACCCAGCUCUCCAUUCACUGUCCCAAGCUGCAAGCCCUGAAUCUGCUCCUCAGAUGGGAUUUGUCCACCCCUUGUCCCCGAGACGGCCUUGUCCCGAGGUGUGAGGAAGCUGGUCCCUGUGUAGCUGUAGACUCGCUGUUUGCGGGAAGAGAGCCUGUCCCACUGCGAGCUCAUCACGGACGACGGCAUCCUGCACCUGAGCAACAGCCCCUGUGGCCACGAGCGGCUGCGGGUGCUGGAGCUGGACAACUGCCUGCUCAUCACCGACGUGGCCCUGGAGCACCUGGAGCACUGCCGCGGCCUGGAGCGCCUGGAGCUCUACGACUGCCAGCAGGUCACGCGGGCCGGCAUCAAGCGCAUGCGGGCGCAGCUCCCUCACGUCAGAGUGCACGCCUACUUCGCCCCCGUCACCCCGCCGCCGGCCGCGGGGGGCGGCGGGCAGCGGCUCUGCCGGUGCUGUGUCGUCCUCUGACGCCGCCCGCCGGAGGCCUGCGUGCCGUUCUCCGCCGUCACCCGGCUCUGAUUCUCCAGUGAGAGGCGUUCACAGGUAAAAGACUGCAGGGACCGCGGUAACUCUGGUGGUAGUUUUUACCUUUGCUCUGCUGUGAUGCAAUCAAUUCAAAGCCUUGUGUGUGUCGGUUAACAAAGAGCCGGGGCGGUCUCAGUGCAGCGGAGCACGCAGGAAACCUGGAUCUCCUAAGAGGUGGUGCUGCCCUAGAUGCAAACCCCCACCCUCCGCUCCGCCAGCGUUCCUCAACAGACCGUCAGUGUCGGCACAAAUGGAGCAGAAAAAUAAGCUGUUGGUUUUCUACCUGAUACUUAAGCCCAUGACCUCCUUUUAUUCACCAGUCCAUUUUGAUUAGCAGGACUCUUCCACUUUGAAGGUUAAAAUAGCAACUUUGUUGAAGUAACUAUAUUGCAAAUUCACAAUGCCUGACAGUUUUGUAUUUGGAGACUUACUUGGAAGGCAAGGUAAUAGGUUUCCAUGAGACACCAAAGGACGAGGCCUCUAGAAAGGGUGGAGCAGGGUCUCCACCUUUCUGUCAACUUGUCGUAGGUCCUCUUGGGGACCAGAAACUGAACAAAAGCAACUCAGACUUUGUGCUGCCUGAUGAGAAAUCGUGAGCUCUGGGGUAGGCGACAGUACAAAACGUGUUUUUGUUAAAGAGCUAAUCCUGUCAUCUCUCAGAGAAUUUGGGGGACCUUAAAGAAUUUAGGGCUCAAGUUAUCCAUACUAUAAUCAAUUAAAAAUAAUAGAUGCAUGUAGAAUGGGUGUGGUUUUUUUCCAAGUUUAUUUUAAGUCUUAGAAAUUAAGUUACACCAGAACUAUUCAAAAAUUUUACACACUUACAACUCAGCUCAGUGAAGUGUUGGCACCUUUGAGACUUAGAUAAAAAUUAAUAAACCGCCGCAGUGCUUAAGUCAGAGGGCUUAUUGCUAUUAUCUUGUGGCAGACAUAUCUGACCAAAAGCAUUUUCCAAACUCAGGCAUUCUAAUGUUAUCUGAAAUCUGAUAAGGUGAUCUGGUUUUUACACUGUGCUGUCCAGACUGUGACCUUCACUGAACCUCUGUGCUAAUCCUUCUUAGCAACCAAACAGAGCUCCUGAGAAGCUGAAGAGAAACAGCAAAAGAGAAAUUUCCCCACAACCAGCAAUAGUUCUAACAGAGUUAGGGUUCUAUUAGGUGAAAAGUUUUAGAAUCAUUUAGAAUACAAGACCUCAGUUGCAUUCUGGGAAGAGAAGGCAGAUAGAUAAAUCAUUAGUCCUGGUGAUUUUGCAGCAUUAUAUACUCUAGUAUUUCCUGAUCUAAAAAUUGUGUGUAUACCAUAGCAGUUAUUGAAAUAUACAUUUAUAUCACUGUGUAUGGGGGAAAUGGGUGUUGCAGAAAGCUAUGAGUAUAGUUUCCGUUUUAAAAAUUUAAAUGACCAGGACCUUUUAUACAUUAUCUCUUUCGAGCUCGGACACAACCUCUCAAAGCUAUUGGACUCUGGCUGAAUGACACAGGACUGCAAUUACAAAACAGCAAAGGACCUCUGUUAAGGAAAUCAGGUUUGCUUCCUCUUUAAAAUGUAAGUGUGGAACAAUCGCUGGAUGACCUGUCCUCAGUUGCAUUUGCUUUGAGAAAACAACGAAAGGAAAACACCCCCCACCAGCUCUUCUAAGGACAUUUGGACUGGUGUACUCAGAACAUACACAGUGAGCCCCUUGAUUCUAUGACAUGAAGUGACACUGGCAGGAACCUGGAUUUUAAAUGAGACACACAUUUGCAAAAACAAUCGGAAAACAUUUAUUAUACUGAAAUGUGUACAUCCUACUAUUAAAAAAACAAGUAGCAAAUUUGCUGGUGCCGUAAUUUAACCUGUUCCACUGGGACAGACUCCUGUUCAUUGCUGCUUGGUGUAAUUUCAAGUUUGACGAGCUUUUUUUUUUUUUUAACCCCACUUGUAAAAACCUGAUGAAUUCAAAAUAGCACACAGCAUUAAAUGACAUUUAUUGUUCCAUAAAUCUUGAGACUCAAAAAGGAAUGCUAAAUAGACAAGCAAAACUCUAAAA